GUGAAGCAGCAUGGCGGAAGAUCCAGUGUUGGGACCGGUGUUCCGUGAGAAAAAAGCACGUGUUUGUUUUAUUACUAUCUACCCCACUAUAGAUGACAGGUGGUGGUGGUUUGCGAUCGAUUGUGUUUCUUCCAGAAGAGUUCGAUCAUUAGCAGAUGCUCUCGUUUGUUUUCUGGGGAAGUUUGUGAUGCAGGCUGAUUCGUCUCUUCGGACUUCCUUCGUAUCCGAUGGUAUCGUUAAUUGAUAAGCUUACAAGGAUCCGUCGGCUGACGUGGAAGAGCUCCAGUGAGGACGGCUUGGGUGAAUGUUUGUCCCUGAGAUCCACGGUUCAGCGAAGACACAAAAAUAGUUGACAUGCUAUGUUCCGUAAUAUCAUUUGCGUUGGUAACGAAAGCUGGAUGCCAGGUGCUCGUGUCGAUCUGUUGGACUUUCGGUUCUGUAGGCCAUGACACAGAUAUACUAUCGGGUUGCACCUCACCGCCAGGUUUAGUACUCUAUAAGCGGAUAAACA